UCUGCGCUCUUUGUUCUUGUGUUUCAGUCAGGAUGAAGCUGCUGCUGGUUGCUGCUGCUGUUCUGGCUGUUGCCAGCUGUGCCAGCAUCUCUCUGGAGGACCUGGAGUUCCACGACUGGAAACUCAAGUUUGGAAAGUCCUACAACUCGCCAUCAGAGGAGGCUCACCGCAGGCAGAUCUGGCUCAUCAACCGCAGACUAGUGCUGGAGCACAACAUCAUGGCUGAUCAGGGCAACAAGACCUACCGCCUUGGCAUGACCUACUUUGCUGACGUGGAAAAUGAAGAGUACAAACUGAUUUUCAAGGAUUGUCUGGGCUUCUUCAACACCUCUGUGCCUCGCAGCGGCUCUGCCUUCCUCAGGCUGCCUGAGGGAGCUGAUCUGCCCGACUCUGUUGACUGGAGGGACAAGGGAUAUGUCACCGAGGUCAAGAAUCAGAAGAACUGCGGCUCCUGCUGGGCCUUCAGUGCAACUGGCUCGCUGGAGGGUCAGAUCUUCAAGAAGACAGGGAAGCUGGUGUCUCUCAGCGAGCAGCAGUUGGUUGACUGCUCCAGGGACUAUGGCAACAAAGGCUGUGGUGGAGGCCGGGCUGUACGUGCCUUAGACUACAUCAUACACAACGGAGGACUAGACACAGAGGACUCCUACCCUUAUGAGGCCAAGGAUGGAGAGUGCCGUUACAACCCUGCCAAUAUUGGUGCCAACUGCACAGGCUACGUUAAAAUGCAGGGUGAGGACGCCCUUAAAAAGGCUGUGGCCACCAUUGGACCUGUGUCAAUAAGAAUGGAUGUUUGUCAUAAAUCCUUCCAGCUCUAUGAAUCAGGAGUGUAUGAUGAGCCACACUGCCAAAGCUCAGUGUUGAACCACGCUAUGCUGGCUGUAGGUUAUGGCACUGAAAACGGAUUGGACUACUGGCUGGUCAAGAACAGUUGGGGUCUACAUUGGGGAGAAAAGGGAUACAUCAAGAUGUCCAGGAACAAAGACAACCAGUGCGGCAUUGCUAAUGAGGUCCUCUACCCCCUGGUCUGAACAAGAAGGAAGAAACUCAAAAGUCCUUCUUCCUUCUUUCUAGUAUUUCUAUGGAAAUGCUAUUUCAACAAGUUUAACUUUUUUGCACAGAUUUACCUUUACCUACCAUUGAUUGGUUGUUGUUCAUGUUUAUUGGAUGUACAGGUCCAGGACUUUUCUCAGAGAGGAGGAGAACAGUGACACUUAAUU